AGCAUCCAGUAAAGUCUGGACUUUAACUAGAUCGUGAAAGACCUGGUAGACAUGAGAAUUUUGUUUCUCGCGCUAUUAGUGGGGCUGCUGGCCUUGGCCGUGUGCGAGGAGAAACAGACUAAGAAGAUUGAAUCAAACGAAAAUGCCGAGGCCACGGAGAAGAAACAGGAGAAGCGCGGGUUGAGUCACAUCGAGGGAGGUUACGGGGGACAUGAAGAGGGCGGCUAUGGCGGCGGCGAUUACGGUGGUGGAGAUUACGGCGGCGGAGGCGGUUUCGAGGGUGGUCACGAUAUCGGCGGUGGAGAUGGUGGAUACGGCGGUGGAGAUGGUGGAUACGGCGGUGGAGAUGGUGGAUACGGCGGUGGAGACGGUGGAUACGGCGGUGGAGACGGUGGAUACGGCGGGGGCGGAGGCGACGACGGCGGCAAGAUCAAACAGAUCACGAUCGUGAAGACCGAAAAGGUACCUUAUCCGGUUGAGAAGAAGGUUCAUUAUCCAGUGGAGAAGGAAGUACCGUAUCCCGUUAAAGUACCAGUACCACAGCCGUAUCCCAUCGAGAAGAAGAUACCAGUCCCGGUAAAGGUAUUCGUCAAGGUACCGAUUCACAUACCGCAACCGUAUCCUGUCGAAAAGAAGGUACCCUAUCCAGUACACGUACCGGUGGAGAGACCAGUACCCUACAAAGUAUACGUGCCCCAACCGUAUCCGGUCGAGAAGAAAGUACCAUAUCCGGUAAAGGUACCAGUGCCGCAGCCAUUCCCGGUGGAAAAGCCCGUACCAUACACCGUAAAGGUCCCAGUACACGUGCCGCAACCCUUCCCCGUGGAGAAGCCGGUACCGUACCCGGUGACAGUGCCCGUCGAGCGACCUUACCCGGUACACAUAGUUAAGCCGUAUCCAGUCCCCGUCGAGAAGCCGGUACCCUAUCCGGUAGAAAAGAAGGUACCCUAUCCGGUCAAAGUGCACGUAGAGCGACCGGUGGCUGUACCUGUAGAGAAGCCUGUGCCCGUUCAUGUUAAGGUACCGGUACCGGCGCCAUAUCCCGUGGAGAAACCGGUACCCGUCCCGGUCGAGAAACCUGUGCCCUACGCUGUAAAAGUGCCUGUCGAACGACCCGUGCCGGUUCACGUAACGAAGCAUGUCCCUGUGACGGUACCCAAAGCGGUGCCGUAUCCCGUAAAAGUGCCGGUGCCGGUACCAGUGCACGACCACCAUGGUUCUUCCGGGGGUGAAGAAUACAGCUACGGGGGACACGGGGGAUAUUAGUAUUAAAAGCGUGACAGUGGAGGAUUUUUCGCUCGUUUCAGAGAAAAAUUAAUGUAUGGUAGAGGGAAAAAGAAAUAUGUUAUAAUAUAAAUAGCUGUCAUUGAGAAUCUAUUAACUCGACUGAUCAAUAUCAUAAUUAAAAAUGUACAUAUAGUGUAUAUAUUUGAAAUUAGAUCAUUAGUAAGUUAAUUCGUAAGAAAAAAAAAAUUCUCCACUGCAUCACGAGCGGACGUAUUGGCACCUGCUACGGAAUACAUCUCGAUAAUAUUUUUUCUAUCAAAAUUUGUCAACGCAUUGUGUCGAAGAGAAAAUAAUUGUAGGAAACAAUGACGAUUUUUAACAUGUUUAACGGCUGAUUUUUCACUCGAAAGCGCUAACGAAGUGUUUUCUUUGCCUGACAAGUACUUCGUUCGAAUAUGAAUUCGCGGGCGAAGGAAACGCGAUGUAUUUAUUUUAUUAAUUUAGCAGUGCCGUCCACUCGGCGGGAGUCCUGGCGAGGGAAAUGAGUUUGCAGAACAGUCGUUUUGCGUCACGAAAGAUGAUUCCACGGGUGCCACGAGUCCGCGCAGACAGCGCUAACGAUUUCCUUAGAUAUCGACACUUAAAUAUGAACGCAUGUUUGUGUGUUUCUCUUUCGACGUUCGUAACAUGUAAUAUACGUCUUUUAUGUUGUACCAUGUCUUUCGCUUCUUUUUAAUAAAACCAAAGAGCAA